AUCAAUACGAGGAGAGGAAGUGACAACAACGGUUUAGUCGAACACGGAAGUGAUUUGUUUCCAGCAGCUCCAAGUAAGGUGGCAGAAAAAAUUUGGUAAAAGAAACACCACACCGACUGUAAGCUUUGCAAGGUCGUUAUGGAAUUCUUGGACUACAAGGAUGGUUUGCUUUUGAGUGUAGCUCUUGACCCAAACAACAAAACAAACACAACUGGCGAUGGAAAGAAGUAUCUUGACCAAGUCAAGGUCGACGUGAAUGCAGUGUUGCCUGUUUAUGUGAUCGUGCUCGCGGCCUGUCUGAUUGGGAAUAUAUUGGUGUGUGUUACAGUUAUGAAAAACAAUGAAAUGAGAAAAAAGAGGUGGUACUAUUUCUUGAUGAAUUUGGCUAUCGCGGACAUGGGAUUUGCCUUAAUAACACCAGUGCAUCUGCUGCAAUCGGCUGGGAUUGACAUGGGCGAUGCUGGUUGCAAACUUGGAAUCCACAUCAUUGACGUGUUCAUGUUGACGUCAACCCUAACACUUGCAUACAUCAGCGUUGAUCGUUUCAUGUGCAUCUGUUACCCCUCACUUGGCUACACAAAUCGCGUAAGCCCAGUUCGGGUUAUUGCAGCUAUUUGGCUAUUUGGAACGAUUUUCCUAUGCCCAUUUCUGAUAUACUGUAAAAAGAGCUCCACCAUAGAGAACAGUUGUGACUGCCGCACAGCAUGGCCAUCUCCUAGUCAAAACAGAAUCUACAAUUUUUCAAUCGUCUUUGUGGGCUUCUAUAUCCCAUUUAUUACAAUGGUUUUCUGUUACUCAAAGAUCAUUGGUCGACUCUGGGGUACAAAAGAAAGCAAAAGUUCCAUUGGUAAAGACAAAUCUGGCAAAAAGAAGAAAAGCAUUAAGAUGAUGAUUUUAGCAACAUCUUUGUUCUUCAUUUCAUGGUUUCCUUACACUGUUUUGUAUCUUAUAAAGGAAAUGAAAGUUGGAAAUCCAAGUAUUAUUGGAAAAGUUUGGCUGUUUGUUCAAUUAAUUGCAUUCACUAAUUCAGCAUGGAACCCUUUCACCUACUGCGUUUUCAGUCAAGAUUUCAGAAAAGGAUUCAAGAGAAUCUUCUUCUGGAGAAAAGAUGGCAGUAAAAAAGAAAAUGUUGACAGGCGGUUGAGACAGAGGGAACCUGAAGUGAAAAACAGCAAUGAAGAGAGCGACACGGCAAGCAGAAGAACAGAGAGUGAAGUCUUGGGACAACUUGAAAACGGUAUAGACGAAAACAACAUGAACAGAACUGCAGAAAAUUAUCAUGAAAAUAUCAAAGUUAAUGUGAGUGUUAUUGUGCCAUUCUAUUUAAUUGUCCUAGCUGUCUGCUUGGUUGGUAAUGGCCUUGUCUGCGUCACCGUACUGAAGAAUCAAGAAAUGAGAAGGAAAAGAUGGUACUUAUUCUUGGUGAAUCUAUCCAUUACUGACAUAGCGUUAACGUUGACAACCCCAAUGCACUUGAUUAUGUCAGCUGGGAUUGAUAUUGGUGACGUUGGGUGCAAGUUUAGCUUCCACGUGACAAAUACAACAAUUAUGAUGUCAACCUUGACUCUCGCCUACAUCAGCAUUAAUCGGUAUAUAUGCAUUUGCCACCCAAAAAUAGGGUAUAUAAAGAAUCUACAUCCAGUAUGGGUUAUUGUGCCUAUGUGGAUAUCUGUAGGCAUCGUCCUGUUGCCUAUGUCUAUGUAUUGCCAAAGAGGAAAGACCGGUGCUGGUAGUUGCGAAUGCCGCACAGGGUACCCGUCCCUUGAUCAGCGUAAAGUCUACCAGUUCGCACUGGUUGUCGUGGGGUUUUACAUUCCAUUUUUAAUAAUGGUAUUCUGCUACACAAUGGUAACCCUUCGACUGUUGGGAAAAACUGGUGACAGGGGAGCAGUCGAGAUUGACCAAUCUGGCAAAAAGAAGCGCAGCAUAAAGAUGAUGAUUCUGGCAACUACACUGUUCUUUAUUUCAUGGUUUCCCUUCUCCACCUUACAUUUACUUAAAGAAAUGGAAGCUGGCAAUCCAAAAUUAAUUGGAAAGUUCUUGCUCUUCGUACAGCUGAUAGCAUUUACCAAUUCAGCAUGGAACCCGUUCACCUAUUGUGUAUUCAGCAAAGAUUUCAGAAGAGGAUUCAGGAAAAUUUGCUUUUGGAGAAGAAGUGAAAUGGCAGCAAAUCAUGAAGAAGAAAACAAAGUUAAUAUCAGAAAUAACCGAGGCAAAGCAACAAACACGAAAGUAGAACAUAAAGCGAGAAAAAUAAAAGUUUGCCCGAUUAAACAUCUUGAUAAUUAAAAAUGGCGGUAAAGUCCAAAACUCUUCCCUUGAAAAGGUUUUUUAGACAACCGAUCCAAGAAUGAUAGAAUACGUGGCAAAGGUCACUAAUUUUUAAGAUAGAAAACACUAUGAAGUACAUAUAUAUGUAUAUAUAUAUAUGGAACUAUCAUUUGAAAAUAACAAUAUUUGGCUCAAUUUGAAAGGAAGUAAACAUUUCAAGAAAAAAAACGUUUGUCGAAAGGCUUCUAAUGCCCAAAUAAAAAACUACGUCCUUAAGAUUAACCAAUGAGUUUAUUUUAUUUUAGGGACAAAAUUUUAUUUUGACGCUUUUCCAACUAGUCGGUG